UUUGUUAAAAAUGCUUUUUGUUUGCUUCUUUAAUCCCUAAGAAGACAGGAAGAUUAAAUAUUUUUGUAAGAAAUAAUGUGAAAUAAGUUAAAGCAAUGAGUGUGUUCGGUGAUUUUCAACAAGUUUGGCUGCAAAGAUUUCCCGACAGUCCUUUGCCAGGUGCCUGGGAGGAAGAUGUCAGGGCGAAUUUAGCAAAACAUAAACAAAAGGUGUUAAUUUUAAAGGAAGAGUUAGAAAAGGAGGAAUUCUAUGUUGAAUAUUUAGAAAGAUUGUUAAGCGAUGUGGAGGAACACAAGAAAAAAAUAUCCAAAGAAAAAAGUGAUGAAUCUGAUGAUGUCAUUGGAGAUACUAUAUCUAAAACUGAAGUCAGUAAACCAUCCACUAUAUCAUUAAAUGUUGAGGAAACAGAAACCAUUUCUGCUAAUAUGUGUGUCAAUGAAAUAUCCAAGCAGUUAAUCGCUAGUGAAGUUCCAGAAAAAUAUGAACCAACAGCUCCACCUGAUCCAGAUCCCGGAACCUUUGUAACUGUUAUAGAAGUCAACGGAUUGAAACAGAAUACUUCACCUGUUAAAAUACCUCCCAAAGUUCCACAAAGACCAGAUUCCUUGAAAACCAAACCAAAAACAAGCACUAGUGACUCCAGAUCAUCGUCAUCUGAAUUUCUUGCUAAUAGUGAUGAACCUUAUUAUGAUAUGGUAGCGCAAGAUGAAGAUUUUGUAUUAAAAAGUAAUCAUUCCAGUACAGAAAACGUGUUCAGCUCUACUAGUACUCUUCCGUUGGAGUCAAAGAGGGAUUCCACUCAAACAGUACAGGAUCCUCAGUCUCCAGGAACCUCAAAUUAUGUCAAUAUUGAGUAUUUUAUUCAACCUAAAAAGAAUGGUAAUGGGCAUAGUAGUAGUGAAGAUGAACACGAGGAAAUAGCAGAACUAAGAAGACAAAAUGAUAAUAGUUCCUAUGCAAGUUCCAGUUCUUUAGAGUCGGUAACACCAGCGUCAAGGCGAAAGUUUAGCCAUGAUGGUGGUGAUGCCAAGGAGGAAAAAGAUAGAAUGUACAAAAGUAUUUUUUAUAACAUAACAGACAGUGAAACAAACUACGUGGAUUGGUUAAGUUUUUUAUUAAAGUAUAUGAAGGCUAUUCAGGCUACCAUAGGAACGUCUCAGCCCAUCGUAAGCGAGACGGAAUUAAAUAUAAUUUUCUAUAAAAUCCCAGAACUGUUCAACUUACACGCAAACUUUUUAGAGGCUCUUAAAAGACAUAUUCAAAAUUGGGAUACCAGGAUAGGGGAAAAUUUUAAAAUGAUGGCUUCAAAUUUAUCCUUAUACGGAGCAUUCUUAAGUAACUACGGCCUGGCUUUGGACACUGUUCGAAAAUGCAGCGCGGCCAACGUUCAAUUUAGUGAAAUUUCUAAAAAUAUAACCUGCAAGCAACUGUCAGGUCAGCCAAUUAGUCUGGAGGAUCUGUUACACAAACCAGUAGCGAGAGUUCAAAAAAACGCCUUAGUUUUGCAUGAUCUUUUAAAAUUUGUCCCGCCUUCCCAUCCGGAUCAUCAUAGUUUAGCAGAAGCGUUAAAUCUGACGCAGAACUUUUUGGAUCAAUUUAACAUGAUCCAGACAAAAUCAAUGUUUCCUGCAUCGGAUAGAGCGCAAAGACGACUAGUAAAAAAUUCGUUUAUAGUAGAAUUUGUUGAUAAUCAUCGAAAACUGCGACAUCUGUUUUUAUUUAACGACGUUAUUGCUUGUGCCAAAUACAAGACUGCUGGACGCAACGAAAAAUACACAUUUGAACUAAAAUGGUUCAUACCAGUAGAAGAUAUUUUAACAUUAGAAGAAACCACUGCUAACUUACAUGAAGUAUCACAAUCAAAUAUAGUAGCUUUAAAAUCCCAAGCAUCAAAUGUUAGGGAUCAGUUAAGACAAGAAGAAAAGUCGAAUGAAGACAAGAAUCGUUCAAAACUUCUCCGAGGCUCGGACAAAUAUAGAAAAAGACUGAUAGAACUAGAAAGCCAACUGGUACUUGUCUCCCCGAACCUCGUUUACAGGAUCAAACACAAAGUGACGGGUCGUACUUACAUGUUCUUCCUAUCGUCCGACUUCGAACGAACACAAUGGAUUGAAGCAAUUUUAACGUUGCAAAAGACUGAAAGGACCGGGAAGUUUGCAGCACAGCCGCAUAAUAUGCUUGAAUUGCAAGCUUGGAUAACUGCCUGUAGGCAGUUUUUGAAGACGAACAUGGGUUCAUAUCUGUUGAGGAGUGGGAACGAUGAGAGUUUGUUGGUUGGAGAUCUGCAUGUUUAUAUUUACGAUUUGACUGGUUUGGAGUAUUCCUGUGAUUUAUAUAUAGUCGUCGAAGUGGACUUCUACGGCCACUUCUUCCAAAAAGCCAAAACGAAAAUUAUAUGCAAUACGAACAAUCCUCAGUGGAACGAGAAUUUCGUUAUUGACCUUGAAGGUUGUGAAAAUCUUCGAAUACUGGUUUACAGAGAUGGUACUACGAAUCCAACUUUGUUCGGAAAACACACGCAGACGCUUAGCAGAAAAUGGCUGAAUGAACAUGUCAAAGACAAGAAGCUGUCGAUAAACGGAUGCACCUUGAAGAUGGGUCUUAAAUACAUUCCUUGUGAGAUUAGUGUAAGGAGGGUACCGACUGGAAAAACUGGGGCCUUAUUUGGGGAGAAAAUUCAGGCUGUUUGCAAGAGACAGAAACGAAACAUUCCAUUUAUUGUUACGGCGUGUAUAAGGGAAGUAGAAAGGAGAGGUAUGGCGGAAGUUGGAAUCUAUAGGGUGUCCGGUUCUUCGCUUGAUAUAACCAAAUUAAAAAAAUCUUUUGAAACAAAUUCCUAUGAGGCUGAACAACUUCUAAAAGAAGUAGAUAUCCAUUCUGUGACUGGUAUUUUAAGAUUAUACCUAAGAGAACUACCCGAAGCUUUGUUUACCGAUUUCCUUUACCCGGAACUGUUGGAGGCCUUCAAUCAGAGCAAUGGUAACUUAAAACGUAGGACUGAAUUACUUAAAGAAUGCUUCCAAAAACUUCCACUGCAAAAUAGUGAAACCAUUAGUUUUAUAUUGGACCAUUUAAUAAAGGUUCAUCGACACGAAAGCGACAACAAGAUGUCGCUACAUAAUUUAGCUACAGUCUUUGGACCCACGCUACUGCGUCCCGGUGUCAAAGCCGACAAUACUAAACAGAAAGACACUCUGGCCACGGGUACUGUGGACGUGAUGGCCCAGGCUGGAAUCCUCUACUGCUACCUUCAGGAUCUCUUGAACAACUCGCAGAGAAUAUGCAGAUGAGGGGAACUAACCAAAACCAAAUCUGUAGGUAGUUUCUGGAUUGAGGUUUGUUUUGCAGUGUGGAGUAAGAGAAAAAUUAGUCCCGAAUUUGAGUUUGUUACUAUGUAUUUUAAACAUUUUUAAUCUAUAUAGAAUAAAAAAUAAAUGAAGAUUUAUAUUUAAACGGUAAUUAUUAUUAGAUGCAUUUGCUUUUUGCAUUACAGA